GUUAUACAUUUCCUGACAAAAAUGGCAUGGCAUGUUUAUAAUCUCAUAUUUAGCUAAUUUUUCACUGACAUUGGUCGCUAAAACUUUUGUACUUCAUCUCUUUUAGUACAAAAAGAAGAUUAUUAACUAUUCUGAUAAGGAAAAAAACUUCUGGUUUCUGUUUUGGUGACCAAAGUGUCAUUAAAAUCAUUAUAUAUACAUGCUGCCAUUAUAUAAUGUAUCUGCAGGCUCGAGUCUCAGAGGUUAGUUCAGUCUCCAAAAGAAAAAUAACAACAUGACAAAGGGAUGAAAAUGAACAGAGACCGUUUUAUCAGUCCCUUAGAUUAUUGUAAGUUUAUACUGUCAUCGCUCAUAUCUGUCUUUGUUUCCCCCGGGUUUACAGUAUGUAGGCUUAAAGAAUGGGCUUAAAAUAAGUCCCUAUCGGGUCCAGAGGGUAAAAGAGACAACAGACAUAACAUAAGAUACAAAUGCGUAACUGGGAAUUCACUAUUGGACAUAACAUUCACAUUAUAGUUCAUAUAUGAGGACUGAAGGCUCGUGAUUUUUUUGAUCGGGACCAGAUGCGCUUUUACGCACUCCGUCUCCAGCCCUCACACUCAGUGCGCUUUUUACCCACAGUGGAUAUUUGACUCCUCACUCCUCGGCACGAUGUCAAACGUCAGAAAACCGCAUUAUUCUAUAGGAAGAGGCUGUGUGUCAUUCAUUUUGGGAUCUUGAGAGGACCGGUUUGUUUCUCGUCGGGAAGACAAAAUGACCAACUGAUUACAGUGGGAUUUGCUUAGGCUUCCCACCUCCAUUCCACUCCAGAUUACUGUAGAUCUGCCUCAGAGGGAUCUAUAACUUCAGGAUUGUCGGCAUCUACGGACAUCUUUAUCAGGGAUAACUCAAAAAGGAGAUGAUGGCUUUAUCGUUUCUUUACGCGCUAUGCAUGUGGAUAAGUUUAGUCUGUUCUUCGCUGGGAACCGGGUUUGUUUAUCACUUUCCAAGCAUCAAUGUGCAGCGGCAGCGCAUCAAAUCGGAACAGAGCGGGAGUACUGCUGGACCGCCGGGUACCAGGUCCAGUACCCAACUCAGGAACUGGUGUCAGUACACUGUUUCCAGGACAGUAUCCUGUCAGGUGCAAAAUGGGACAGAAACCUCAGUGCAGAGAGUGUUUCAGGGCUGCAGAUGGCCCGGACCCUGUUCCAAAGUCAUCAGCUACAGGACAAUCAUCAGACCGUCUUUCAGGGUUACCUACAAGCAGGUCACUGCACUGGAGUGGAGAUGCUGCCCAGGGUUUGUGGGAGAAGAGUGUCGUGAAGAGUGUCUGAACUGCACCAGUUUCACCGACAUGAACAGCAGAAUAAAUGCCAUUGAAUCAAAGAUUAAGCUGCUUGAAGAAGGCCGUUCCUCACUGCCAACGCUCAGCAGUUUACCGGAGGGCUCAACAGACAAUGAGGUGGACAAACCCCAACCCACUCCUCCGCCAGGAGGCAGAGGACCUCCAGGGCCCAUCGGACCUCAGGGGCUUCCUGGUUCUGCUGGACCACCAGGUCCGGCUGGAAGAGCAGGCCUCCCUGGACCCAUCGGACCAAAGGGGGACAGAGGUCUACCAGGGGAAAUAGGUCUCCCCGGCCCUCCUGGUCCACCGGGUACUCCAGGGCCGAGCUCAUUCCCUGUCCGAGCGAGAGGUGACGUUUUUGAAGUGGACAACCAAGAGGACAACCCCAUCCAUACAGUUCCUCCUGCCCCUCGGAUCAUUGCCGGCCCUCCUGGUCCAACAGGUCCGAUCGGCCCUUCAGGCCCUCCAGGACCAAGAGGACCUGCGGGGAUUCCAGGCCUGCCGGGACGAGAUGGCAAGGAAGGCCUCCAAGGCAAGCCAGGGGAUGUUGGGCCUAAAGGAGAUCCAGGGGAAAGGGGGCCUCCAGGUGUAACAGGCGAGCACGGCCUACCUGGGGCAUCAGGGCCAAAAGGAGAGCCAGGAGAGGGCUUGAAUGAGGGUGAAGCAGUGCAGCAGCUCAGGGAGGCCCUAAAGAUCCUGGCCGAGAGGGUGCUGAUCCUGGAGCACAUGAUUGGCAUUCAUGAGAACUCUGAAGGAUCUGGAUUUGGCAGCAUUUUGGACCCCCUAUCCUUUACCGCCAUAAAGACCAAACGCCUGCAGCCUGUUCAAACCCCUCUUCAAAUACUCGAGGAGAGACAAAGACGAGCUCCCCUUUAAGUGUCUAAUUUUGUAUGUGUGUGAUAAAUUGUUGACUAAGAUGUUGACUGGACCUUAAAUUUUUUUUCAUACUUUUAUUAUUUGAAUUUAUUGUCUUUUUUGUCACAAAUGAGUUCAGCUGUAUGAGACAGGCAUGAGAUGUUGAGCAUUUCAUCUAAAUGAAAUGCUUGUAGUUCCUUUUUGACCCUGUUGCUGCAUGUCUACAUAACAUUAGUAGCAGCACUUACAUGGUGUCUUACUAUGAAAUAUAAUCUCAUAAAGUGUUAUGAGGGUUUUGGCAUCUUUCUUUCCUCAGAUAAAAGACUGCCUAGUAAACACGUCAGUUUGCUGGCUGAUGUUACAAAGCUCUCCAGGCCGUGAUGCGAGCUUCCCCGAGAGCCGGACCCAAAACGUACUAUUUAGUGUCAAACACAUUCUUGGAACGACCUCGGGGGUUCAUCUCGUGUUAGCCUGUCAAGCAUAUUUCUUCUUUUCUCUUCUUUCUGUGUCUCUCCUUGUGCUCUGCCUUGUUAAAGCUGAGGUAAGACAUGACAAGCUGCCAAGAAUAUCUGCUUAAAAUAAAGUUAGGUGAAAUGAAUAGCAUCUGGAAAGCGCACACAUCUGGGAAGCAAAAAGGAAGAGAUGCUGCAACAGUUGAGUCUUGGCCCAAACUCUGCAAACUUCGCUCAACUGCAGUGCAGCUUCACGCGACCGGACAGGAUUACACUGACUUCUUCAUAACUGCCUCAGAGAUUUGAUUAUUUUAUAAUUAGUCUCUGAGAGACCGA